AUGGUUAUCGUGGAAGAAAUUAUCGAAGGCUCUGAAGAUGUUUUGAAGACGGUAGAAGAGUUGAAGAAAGAUGGGAAUCAACAUUUUGGCGAGGGUGAUUGGAGUGGAGCAGCUGAGAAGUACGAGGUCGGUCGUUAAUUUUAAUCUUUCAGUUGUUUCUUUGAGGAGAAUUUCAUUUUUUUUUAUUUUGAAGUUGAAUUUUUGAUGGUACCAGUUUUUCUUCAAACGUGUCUAUUUUUUCAUUGGGUAGAAGUGAAAUUUGGUCUUCAUUUCCGAAAUUUACAAGAUUAUUAAGACUUGCUAAUUGGCGUGAAUUUUUGUUAUGAUUUUUUUUUUGUUGCAGGAGGCUUUGAGGCUCUGCCCAGAAGAAGCUUCCACACAGAAGUCGCUUCUUCUCUCCAACUUGGCCGCGGCUUUCAUCAAACAAGAAGAAUGGCAAAAAGCAGCCGAAAAUGCUUCCCGGGCGAUUGAGGUUUUAUAGUCUAUCCUCGGCUAGCUUGGGACGCCAAAGAGGCGUUCUCUGUCUGCGCUCUCCACGAACCAGGCACUAUAUCUUUUCUUAUCGCGUCAGGACCCUUUUUUCGAUGGCUCAAGCCAGUCGUGAAUCAGCUAUAAGUCAUGCACAUCUUCAGAGGGUGUUUGAAAUCGGGCCAGACCGCAAGAAAAAAUUUAACUUCUUCCUAUAAAAAAUAAACACCUUUUUCAGCUCGGAGUUCCCAACGAAAAAGCUCUUGAACGACGGGCAUUUGCUUAUUCGAAUUUGUCUGAAAAGUACGAGUCUUCGAUUGAAGACUACGAACAGAUUUUGGUACAAGAGAACCUGAAAUUCGGCUUCAAACUGAUUUUUUUUUAGACGUUAUAUCCCAAUCGUACAUAUAUACGACAGAAAAUUGACAACGUGAGGAAAAAAAUAGACCAAAGGAACGAGGAGCUCAAAACGGAUGUUCUACAGAAGCUGAAAGGAUUAGGUACGAGUUUUUUGGCAUUUCGGCAAUAAUCAAAAGUCGUGUGCAUGGAAAUUCACGUAGCGUAAAUUCUAAGGCUUUAACGAGUUUUCAAUAAGUGAUUGAUUUUUGUCAACAUUACAGCCUACAAUAUUCGAAUAUCCGAGAAAAAAAAACUCAAGUUUUUCACUUUAAACUCGUUAACGCCAUUAAAUAUACGAUACGUUGAUUCAUGCACGUGACCUGCUUCAAAAAUUUUUUUUAAAAAAUCUAAAAGAGUUCAUUAUGCUGUUUCAUGGAGAAUUUAUUCGUUUUGAUCUUAAAUUUUCGUUAAUGUAUUCAAAACAAUUUAGGUGAUUUCUGCUUGAAGCCUUUCGGCUUGUCCACCGACAGUUUCGAACUGAAACCCAAUUCCGAAGGAGGUUACUCUAUUCAAAUGCGAGACCGUCCCAACACUCAAGAAGAAAAUCAAAGCUCCGCGUGA